AGUGGAGCCCCGCUUCUCGCGGGGAAGGGCGGGUGUGGAAAUAGAGCCGUGCCGGGUGUGUCGGUGCCUUGCCCGGGAGGGACAUUCCUCCUUCCAGUGCCCUUCCUCACUCCGCUCUCCCGCUGCUGGCAGCCGCUGUGGCCCCUAAGUGAAGAUGCCACCAUCCUUGCCUUCCACCAUCAACAUCCAGGAGCCCCGCUGGGACCAGAGCACCUUUCAGGGCCGGGCCAAACACUUCUUCAUGGUGACCGACCCCCGAAACCUGCUGCUCUCGGGGGCUACCCUGGAGGAAGCCCGACGGGUGGUGGAGGACUACAGGGCAGGCACCGUACACCCUGGGCUGACAGAGGACCAGCUUUGGCGGGCAAAGUACAUCUAUGACUCGGCUUUCCACCCUGACACGGGCGAGAAGAUGAUCCUUGUGGGACGCAUGUCUGCUCAGGUCCCCAUGAACAUGACCAUCACCGGUUGCAUGUUGACCUUCUACAGGACCACGCCAGCUGUGCUGUUCUGGCAGUGGGUCAACCAGUCCUUCAAUGCCAUUGUCAACUACACCAACCGCAGUGGGGAUGCACCCAUCACCCCCAGCCAGCUGGGGACAGCCUAUGUGAGUGCAACCACAGGGGCAGUUGUCACAGCACUGGGGCUGAAAUCCCUCACCAAGCACUUGCCAGCCAUCAUCGGCCGGUACGUGCCUUUUGCGGCCGUGGCAGCUGCCAACUGCAUCAACAUCCCGCUGAUGAGACAGAGAGAACUCAAGCUGGGGAUCCCUGUCACGGAUGAGAAUGGGAACCGCCUGGGCGAAUCCACAGCGGCAGCCCAGAAGGCCAUUUUCCAGGUGGUGGUCUCCCGCAUUGGCAUGGCAGCGCCGGCCAUGGCUAUUCCGCCGGUGAUCAUGAACAUGCUGGAGAAGAGAGCUUUCCUGAAGCGGUACCCGUACCUGAACGCUCCCCUGCAGGUCGGCCUGGUGGGACUCUGUCUGGUGUUUGCCACUCCGUUGUGCUGUGCACUCUUCCCGCAGAAAAGCUCAAUGCCUGUGAGCAGCCUGGAGCCUGAAGUCCAAGACCAGAUCCGGAAGAAAGAUCCGUGGCUGGAGACUGUGUACUUCAACAAAGGGCUCUGA